UGAAAGAUAGGUAAGAAGAUUAGUAGGAAUUGAUUUUCAACGCCAUGUAGUCUCUCACAGGAAAGUUACAAAUUUAGUUGAUCAGAGAUACAUGGAUGCCAUGUUUUCUUGCCUUUUCUUUCUCAUAACCAUUCUCUCUUUAUUUGCAGGGAGAGGCAAUGCGGAGAAAGCGCAGGCGCUGUUUGUGUUUGGAGACUCUUAUGCCGACACAGGAAAUCAUGAUCCAUACAAUCAAAGCCUAAACCUGCCAUGGAGACGACCGUACGGUUUGACCUGGCCUGGCUAUCCUGCAGGCAGAUAUUCUUCUGGAAAAAUCCAGACAGAUUUUUGGGGGGAUAUCUUAGGGCUUCCUGUUCCCAUUCCUUACGAGCUGCUGAAAAGUCAUGAGUGCAAAGCAAUUGCGAAGAAGAUUACACGAGUGAAUUUUGCAGUGGGAGGCAGUGCAAUAUUUCAAGCCUACGGUUUCAUAACAGUAGCACAACAGGUGAAUCAGUUUAAGAAGCUGAUAGGAGGAAAACAGGGGUUUGAUUCUCACAAGCUCUCGCGGUGUGUAGUUCUUAUCUCUGUCGCUGGCAACGAUUACGCUGCAUUCCUUUCUAGAGGUUACGGCUCCAUUGAGGGACUGAUCGAUCUGGUGAAACCGGUGGUAAGCGGGAUAACAGAGACUGUAAAAGAUCUGUAUUUAUGCGGGCUUAGGAAUUUCGCGGUGAGUAAUAUGUUUAGAUUGGGGUGCCUGCCUCAGAUCGGCAGAACAUCCUGCGAUUCAACCUACGAUAACAUUCCAGCUCUUCAGAUGAGAUUACUGACAGAGGGCAUAGAAAGCCUGAGAUCGAAUUUCAAGGAUAUAUCGAUCAUAGUUUCAGAUUUGGCGUCUGCAACUAAUCAUAUUUUCUCCAAUCAUCGACAAUAUGGUUUGGUGGAUUUGUUCGUUCCUUGCUGUGCUGAGUAAGGUGGGGUUAAAAGGUGUGGAGAGGUGGACCAAGUAGGCAGGGCUUUAUUUGAAGUGUGUUCUAACGUAGAUGAAAAGUUCUACUGGGAUUCAGCCCAUCCAACACAGCGAGGAUGGCAUGCGAUAAUGUCGCUGUACAGUAAUGGAGUGAAAGGGGAGAAUAAAACAAUGACUUUUAUAGAGGGGGCACCAAAUGUUAUUGCGUGGCUACAGUCAAUUGGAUUCGUUGCUUGCAAUGUCUCCUCCUAAGCAAAACCACCCAAUGUUACUACCUAAAUAAACUUUUCUCGGCAUUUCUUGAUUCAAUCAAUGGUUUUCUAACGAAGCUAGAAUUUUCCGAGAGCUGAAAUUAUAAAUCAGAUUGUUUUGACCUCUAUCUUUUUUCAUCCAAAAGAGGAUUAUCAGUGUCAUUUCAUUGAUUUGGACCUUUU